AUGGAACAAGAGCCAACCCUUGGCACUCUGCUCCAGGCUAUCCAAGCCCUCACCACCCAAGUUGGGUCCCUCCAGGACCAAGAAACCAACAACCUUGUUGGUGACAAAGACCAGGGGGGAACCCAAGCCAAGCCUGGCCCAUCAACUGGGCCUGUCACCCCUCCUACCCACUCAGGAGGGGAAACCCACACUCCAGGAAUGGUUAGGCCUGGACUCAAGGCCCCCUUCUGCCCCUCUAGGGGAACAGGGUUUGACUCAGAAGAAGAGGAAGAACCAAGGUGGGAACCAAAAAGGGAGCCUUGCAGAAUGCCUAGGAGUCUGAGCUCCCUCACUCCUUUUGAUUUGGGGUCCAGCAUGAAGCAACCCAAAAUGGAGCUACCAGACCCUUACAAGGCUCUCCAUUGUGACCAAUUUGACAAGGAGGAACAAAUGGUUGUUUGGAUUCUUUACCAUAUAAUGGACAAGGCUGCUGAUUGGGCCCUCCCCAUCAUUGGGACAAUCAUUAAGGGUGAAGGAAACCCCCCCACCACAAUCCUGGCCUUAACAGCCAAAUUCAAGGAAGCAUUUGCCAAUCCCAAUGCCAAACAGGCCACUGCCAGAAAAAUAGCAGCCCUCUCCCAAACCACCACCACCUUGGAGUAUGUCACAGAGUUCUGCAAUCUCAUGGCAGAAUUAGACUGGAACAAGGAGGCCUAUAUUGUGCAGUUCAUGCAAGGCCUCCACUGGAAGGUCAAAGAGCUAUUGUCAACCAAGGACAAUAUCCCUGAUGAACUUGAGGUUAUUUUUGCAGCCUCUAUCAAAAUAGACAACACUUGCUGCAAAAAUGAGGAGAACCACCCUAAGAAGGCCCCUGCCAAGACCCCAGUCACUGCAACCACUUCCACCACUACCACUCAUUGGGUCUGUCUCUCAGAGGACCCUAACUAUGUCACACUGGAGGAAAGGGACCAACUUUGCACUGCAGGCCUCUGUGUCAAAUGUGGUCAAAAGGGGCAUGGCAUCAAACAAUGCCCCAAUGGAUGGAAGGCAACCAUCAAGGAAGCUGCCAAAAUUGGAGAGGUUGUUGAGUUGGAAAAAGAAUGA